AUGCCAGACAAAUAUGCAACAUAUAUAUCGGAAGAGCGAAUGGUGGAGUACCAAGAAGCAUUUUCAUUUUUUGAUCCUGAAAACAAGGGUCUUGUGGUAAUAUCUAUUUGUAUAUUUUAUCUCUUCCAGGAUAUGCUACGAGAAGUGGACACCGAAAACAACAUUUUCUCUGAGGGUGCAUCGUUCGAACAGUUCUGCCAGAUAGCUGCAAAAAAGGAAAAGUUAAUCUAUACUGAAGAAGACAUCCUUAAGGCCUUCCGUAUGUUCGACACCGAAUCCGCCGGAUUUCUUACAAUGGAGGGACUCAUGACCGCACUAUGCUCGCAGGCGGAAAAGUUGACAGAAGAGGAAGUGACUGCCAUGAUCAGCACAGCAGGCAUAAAUGAGGAGGGGCAGAUUGAUUACGUUGCAUUCGUGAAAAGAAUGAUGAAUCCAGAAUUUUGGAAUUAA